AUGGAUUCACAGUCUCCACCACUUUGUGUCGAAGGAUGUGGCUUCUACGCCUCUCUAGAGAACAACAAUAUGUGCUCCAAGUGUUAUACAGAUUCUCUCAAACAAUGUCUUACUAAAUCACUCCAUUCCCUUUCACCAACUAUCCCAACUAGUAGUACUGUUUUUCCAAAUCCUUCAUCAUCAUCAUCAUCGUCACCACUUCUUGAAAGUGGUGCUGUAACAGAAGCUGCAGAUGGAGCAAAGAAGCAGAGGUGCAAGAAGUGCAACAAGAAGGUGGGUUUAUUGGGGUUUCAGUGCCGCUGCAAGGACGUAUUCUGCGGGAGCCACCGGUACCCGGAAGAGCACUGUUGCACCGUCGAUUGGAUGACACCUGCUCGUAAAGUUCUGGUUUCGCAAAAUCCGGUCGUCAAAGCUGAUAAAUUGGAAGGCAGAGUUUGA